CCGAUACUUUGAUGAAACCACUCUUCCAAAACUACCAGACUAUGCAGCAAUCCUAUCGCAGGAUGGCAGGAAGUCCACCGCUACAGCAGCGCCCGUGCCACUACCGGCAGUCGCACCUGCUCCACGGACUCACGACGCUACACUCGACAGUCCGCCAAUGACAACAGAGAAUGCUGCCGCGCCGAUUAAGCCAAAUACCGGAGAGCAACGUCCAAUAUCCCAGCAGCUGCCAACACAGAAUCAACAGCAACCCGCAGCUCAACCGCCAGCCCCUGCUCAGGUUGCGCCUGACGUCUCUUUCACCAGGCCCCAGAGCCAGGAAGCAUCUUCCCAACCCAGGAAGCUUGCGCCGGCAGUACCAUCACCGACGAUAGAUCAAAGGACACAUACUGCGACGCAAGGAAAGCAUGCCAGUGAUCAGGAUACAGCAUUGGCGGCGGCUGAGGUUAGGUUGGACCAGAAGCAACCAAGUGCCGUGCCACCACCUGCAACACCUACUGUGGUGCCAGUCCAGAAAAAGAAUGAUGCACGGCCGUCUCUCUCUUUCGGAUCCAUCCCCAAAGUUCCAGAGCAACCCCUCUCUCCUGUAUCUUCAGCCGGCCUAUACUCAAACAAUACUCCUUUGCCGGUCACCGUGUCGCCAGCUACAAGCCCUGCUGAGGAAGUCAACGACGCUGUUCCGAGACUUGCGAGCCCUAAGGAUGAAGAAAUCACUAAGACUCUUUCUACUCUGGUACCAUCGACGCCCGACGAACAACUGCGUUUCGAGGAGGCGCAGUCGCUCAAGCAGACCCUUGCUGCAAGCAAAUCCUUCGCCGAGAGUGCGGUCGAAGGCACCACGACGAGCGUAGUUAUUGAAGAAAGUGCCGCACCAACUCCUGUCACCACUGAAAAGUCACCAACGAUCGCUCGUAUAUCGUCUCCAACAGUGCCAGCAGAGCAGAAGACAUCGCGUGUUGUGGUUGGACAUCCCACUGAGCCCCAGCUUGCUGCUAAAGAUCAGGCUCAAGCUGGAGUAGGCGUCAAGAUCCCGAAAGAAACGACCCCAGCCAAAAAGCCAUCACCGCCAGUCAGUGCAACACCGACGGUUGAAAGGAUGACAACCAGGGUGUCUUCUGGAGCCAUUCGUCAUAAAUCUGUAUCUGAAAUCCUCGGAGAGUCACCUAAGUCAUCACCUCAGUCUGAUAGGCAAAGCUCAGUCGAGAAAUCCACAGAUGCGACAAAGGCCGUAGCUGAGGCAACUCCUGACUCCACGGCGAGGAUGCGAUUCAAAGAUCGUAAAGCACGGGAGAAGGAGAGAACCAAGUUGUCUACCGUGGUCUUUCCCAAACAGCAGCAGCAGCAACAGUCUCAGGAGAAGAGCGAUUCGAUGGAGAUUAUCAGGCAGCAUGCUGGCGACAUCGGGAAGCUCAAUGAAGAGCAAGACUACCUCUUUACUCUGUUCCAAAGCCGAGCAUACACUCCUCCCCGUGGGACAAGUCUCAGCACACUCAUCGCUUCUGCUCAUAAGACUUUGACGACGUCAAAUCACCUGCUUGAGUAUCAAGAGCAGAUGGACUGCCGCACAUUGCGCCGGAUCUAUUCUCUGCAGAAUGCGAACAGGUGGCCCUUGCGUCAGCUGAAGCGUUCGGUUGAACCUCCACGGGAAGGGAGUCAUUGGGAUGUGCUUCUGGAUCAUGUGAAGUGGAUGCGUACAGAUUUUCGAGAGGAGCGCAAAUGGAAGAUCGCCGCAGCGAAGAGUUGCGCAGACUGGUGUGCAGAAUUUGUCAAUAGUGAUGCAGAGCACCGUUCACUGCUUCGCAUCCAGGCAAAGAUUCCUCCCGCAAACAAGGCCGAGGAAGUUGAGAACAAGUCCAGCUUAAUUUCACCGCCUGAAGAAGACACGGUGGACGAGAUGAUGAUUGUUUCUCAACCUACCCCAGACCUGGUUCCUUCCACUGAAGAAGAUUCCGCAAGCGAAGGGUUCAAUGAUGAGCCUCGUCUUCUUGUGGGUGAUACGGUCGCUCCAGCAGCAAUAUUCUCCCUAGGUACAGACGAGUUCACGUUCUCGUUGGACAUGACCCCUGCGGCGCAGAAGCUUCUGGAAGAGCUGCCCAUCUAUUCUCCCAUCACGGUCACGCCUGAACUAGAUCUACCAGUCUUCAAAGAGUCUCCUGACACGGUGUGGAAAACCGAAAUCCUUCCUGUAUCCAAGUACGCGCUUGGUAAGGUUACGUUCCACGACGAUGAACCUGCUCGAAAGCGUAGUCGAUACGAUUAUUCCCAGUAUCGAUCUGAUCUCGAUACUGGUGCAGUGGACCUUCCUCCUGAGCAGACAAAUGUCGCGCUCUUCCGCUUGGAGAACAGGCACAUCCGCGAUAGAAUCCACCCCGGCCAUUCCUUUCGACCCCCUACCGAGCAUCCUAUGCCUUCGGUCGGUUUCUUCGAGUCAAGACAGUCUUCUCAAUGGACCUAUACCGAGGACGAUGAGCUUCGUCGCCUUGUGAAAGAAUACUCCUACAAUUGGUCACUGAUUUCGAAUUGCCUAACACCGUCCUCGCAAUUCACAUCAGGGGCGGAAAGACGGACACCUUGGGAAUGCUUCGAGCGCUGGAUAGGUUUAGAAGGAUUGCCUGCCGAUAUGUCCAAAACCCAAUACUUCCGUGCCUACCACCAAAGGCUUGAAUCAGCACAGCGCACCAUAAUGGCACAACAACAAGCGGCUCAGCAACAGCAGCAGCAACAACAGCAGCAGCAACAGCAGCAACAGCAACAGCAGCAGCAGCAGCCGCAACAGCCGCAACAGUCACAACCGCAACAGCCGCAAGGUAACAACAAUAACAGUAACUCGCAGUCACUGCCCCCGAUCCGGCGGAGGACUACACAGCCCGUUCGAGUAGACCGGAGACGAUCUUCCAAACACCUGGCUCUGCUCGAUGCCAUGCGCAAACUAGCCAAGAAACGGGAAACCAUGCUCCAGAAGCAACAGCACGGUAAGUAAUCCAGGGAAGGGUGUCCCUCUUGUUAGCUGAGACUAAUCACAACCCCAAGCAUCUCAUCUAGCCUCGCUGCGGAAGGUCAACGAGGCCAACCAACCCAAGCCCCCAAUCUCAUCGCCUGCCGAAUUUAGCCGACUCAAAUAUGAGCGAGAGGUGAAGCUCCAGGAGAGACAGGAACAAUACCGACAGCAGAUGUUCGCUCAGCAGAAAGUAAGG